AUGGACCGUUACCUCAACCACUCUCUUAGGGUGAUUGGCCGUAGCGUGCUCAUUGUCGCGAAAGGCUUCUUCAUUACACACGCAUUCUCCUCCUACAUCGGCGGCACAGGCUCUACUAGCGGAAUCUCGAUGACUCCUACAAUUUCUUACGAUUACCGAUCUCAACCGCGGAUUCUUUACUCCUCGCUCCAUCGCCGUAUGCGUAACCUGCACGUUGGCGAUGUCAUAACUUACACCCACCCUAUCUUCCCGCAACUGACCGGGUGUAAGCGCAUCAUCGGAAUGCCAGGCGACUUCGUCAGUGUAGUUACGCCUGGGCGCCGUGAUUCUGAUUUGGGUGCAGUAGAUGUCGAAGGCAAAUGGGCGAGUGUGAGAGAAGAACUGAUAAGGGUACCUGAGGGACAUUGCUGGAUACAAGGAGAUAAUCUGGAAUGGAGCCGGGAUAGUAGAUCGUUUGGGCCAUUGCCAUUGGGGUUAGUCAAGGCGAAAGUGCUGGCUGUUAUACUGCCGUUCGAGGAUGCCAAAUGGCUCGGAAGUGAGCGUGAUGUCAUGGACCCGCAAGAGGGUGAAAGAGAGUGGGUGAUGAAGUAA